AUGCAAAGAAAAUGUACCUGCAAACAAAAAGAGAAGAAAGGAGUGUUUAGCGAAUUGACAUUUUUCAAAUCAGUUUACGCCAAAGAAGAUGGAAGCUUUAAAGAGGGCACACUUCCUCAUCAAUUUGUGGAGGAUGCCAACAAAAAGGUCCAAGAAAAUCUUGCGAGUUCCUCUUCUUCAAAGCCCGUAAUUGAAAUUGAGAAUGCAGUCUUUAAUGAGCUCAUGUAUAAAGGUGAAGUACCUAAACGUCCUCUGAAUUAUGGAUUUGGAGUGAAGCAAAGCGACAUCUUUGGAGUGGAAGGUUUGCUGAGGAAAGAAGGGUCAAGCUAUGUUAACAACAAUGCUAUGGAAGUGGAGAACAUGAAAGGUGAAAUAUCAGUUGUCAAGAAGCAAAAUGAGGACCUUGCGCAACAAAAUCAAGUUCUAAACACCAAGUUUGAAGAAACAACACAAUCAUUUAAAAUGAUUGCUUCUUUUUUGGGACAAGUUUUGAAGGAAGUACGCAAAGGGAAUGUUUCAUCGAACCUUUUAGAUGGUGCGGAAUCAGCAAUAAAUAUGAUUACUGAUGAUUCUGGUGGCAAUGGUGACAACCAGGCCGAGAAAUGAGACUUUGACACUAUUGCCAAAUGCAAGAUUAUUGAUGAUUCAAGUGGUAAUAGUAAAUGUAGAUCAAGAGAUGAACAAGUUAUCUUGAAGCUAAGCUAGCAUAACGAUAUGUUUACUUGUUCGUAGUCAGGAAGUUGUUUUUAUUUAGUUUUGGACUAUCUUGUAGAAAAAAUGAUAAUGCUAGUUAGAAAGUUAUUUUUGUUU